AUGUCUUUCCGAGGAGGUGGAGGGGGUUUCCGGGGUGGCCGCGGCGGCGGAUUCGGAGGCCGUGGAAGGGGUUUUGGAGGUGACCGCGGCGGGCGUGGAGGGUUCAGAGGUCGUGGAGGGGGAAGGGGGAGAGGAGGGUACAACAACUACGACCAGGGACCCCCUGCAGAGGUCACAGAAGCCGGCCACUAUGUCCAUCCUUGUGAAGGUGACCUUGUGUGUAAGGCUGACCUUGUAGAAAAGGUUCCGUACUUCAACGCCCCCAUCUACCUGGAGAAUAAGGAGCAGAUCGGCAAGGUGGACGAGAUCUUCGGAGGAAUCAAGGACUACUAUUUCUCUGUGAAACUUUCAGAUAACAUGAAGGCUCAUUCCUUCUCCAAAGACCAAAAGUUCUACAUUAGCACAGAAAAGCUGCUCCCAUUACAGAGAUUCCUCCCCCAGCCUCCAGGGGCAAAGAGAGGCAGGGGUGGUGGAAGAGGAGGGAGGGGUGGCGGAAGAGGUAAGAGCCCUUCUGGGGGGUUCGGUGGAAGAGGAGGGUUCGGUGGAAGAGGGGGGUUCCGAGGGGGCCGCGGAGGGGGUAGAGGAGGAGGGGGUGGAUUCAGAGGAAGGGGUGGUGGUGGUGGGUUCCGAGGCAGGGGUCGGGGAGGCUACUGAUGUCACAACUGGACCUCUCCAUAGAAUUUCCAUUUCAGUUCUUCUCUACGAUAUGUUGAAUAUUCUGCUGAAAACCAGCACUUUGGACAUUAAACCUGAUAGAGAGAGAGCACUUUGGCUAUGUCAAGCCAAGUCAACUUUCUGAAAAUGCCCAUACUUGAACUUUGAGUAAAAUAUACUCUCAUAAUUUUAAUUUUAGUUCUUUUCAACGAUACAUUGAGUAUUCUGAAGACCAACACUUAAGCUAUGUAAAGCCAAAAAUAAACUUUCUAAAGUACCUGAUCUUCAAAGUAAAAUGUACUGUCAUGAUUUUUAUUUCAGUUCUUUUCAACGAUAUGUUGAAUAUUGUAAAGAACAACAAGUUAACUUCCUAAAAAUGACUGUACUUGAAAUGCAAAUAAAAUGUGCUCUCAUGAUUUAAGUUCUUUUUGAUGAUAUGUUUAAUAUUUUGAAGACCAACACUUUGGCUACAUCCAAUAAGACUCGCUAUCACGACUUUUGCUACUGUGGUAAAAUUUAAAAGUCUAGUAUGAAACUUACUCUUAUAUGUUCUGGUGUGUACUCAGGGUUAUUAAAUAACAGAAAAGUCCCUCUCCAGUCACUAUGCCUGUGUGCCUCAUUUAUUUUAGAAACAACUUCUGCUACAGCUUCGGACUUAUGGUUGGACUAUUGAUAUGUCAAACUGUCAUGGUCUGAGAUUUUCUUAUUUUGCAAGAAAAACUUUGUGCUUUGAAUACUAGUACUACAUUGAUGGUUUUAUAAACUUGCUUAUCUUCAUUUAUGUUCUUUUAUUGUUCUAGGAUAUUAGGGGGUAACAUUUGAAUAUUCGUGGUAUUGACAUAAAAAUCACUUUGUAAUAAGUUACAAAGAUUAUUUGGUCAGUAUUUAUAUACUGAUGAUGAUCAAUAGAAACUGUUCUUCA